CUCAGAGAGAGAGAAAGAAAGAAAGGGAGGAAUAGAGAGGAAUCCCUGAUGACACUGGCUGACUAGCCGUUCUUAGCUCCUUCUUGCUGUCUCACGUUGCUGGUGUGUGAUCGGAAGAGAUCUGCCCCCUUCAUUCUCAUUUCCUUGUUAAGUCUCUUGAAUCUUCUCACUGAGCAAUUCUUGGUGGGCUUUGGGGAGGUGAGUGGUGGGGAGGAAACGAUGGUUCAGGAGUCGUUCAUCUUCAGCUUUGUGGCGAGAGGGACGAUGAUUCUGGCUGAGUACACGGAGUUCACCGGCAACUUUCCUGCCAUUGCCUCUCAGUGUCUGCAGAAGAUCCCGUCUUCCAACAGCAAGUUCACUUUCAACUGUGAUCACCAUACCUUCAAUUUCAUCGUCGAAGAUGGUUACGCAUAUUGUGUUGUUGCAAAAGAAUCUGCUGGAAAACAAUUGUCCAUAGCUUUUCUGGAGCGCAUAAAGGCAGAGUUUAAGAAGAGAUAUGGAGGUGGGAAAGCUGAUACCGCCAUAGCAAAAAGUCUAAACAAAGAAUUUGGCCCAAUAAUGAAAGAGAACAUGCAGUAUGUAAUUGAUCAUGCUGAGGAGAUUGCAAAACUUGUGAAAGUUAAGGGUCAAGUAUCUGAAGUUAAAAACAUUAUGAUGGAGAACAUAGAUAAGGUUAUGGACAGGCAAGAGAAGCUUGAUGUGCUAUCUGAGAAGACGGAAAAUCUACGGUCACAGGCACAAAGAUUUCAGAAACAAGGAGUGCAAAUUCGACGUAAAAUGUGGUUCGAGAACAUGAAAAUAAAGCUGGUUAUCUUGGGAAUCCUCUUGCUUCUGGUACUCAUAGUGUGGGUUUCUGUGUGUCAAGGUUUCAAGUGUACCAAUUAGUAUUCUCCGAGGGCUUAGACUACAAAGCAGAUUCUUAUUCCCAUGCUUCAACAGAGAUGAAGAUGGCAUUCUACCAAAGUCCGGGAAGUUUUUGGGCCUACCAAAUAAAGUCCUAGCAACAUAUUGGUACGCAUGUUCUUUUAUACGAAUGCAGAAGCAUUUACCCUGUUAACUAGCAACCUUUAGAAACGUGGGAAGCAAGUUCCCAAAUUAGGUUCCGGUUGUUUGUGGCUGGUUCAGAGUUUGUAUGUGAUGUUAUAUAUAGGGAAAAUGAAACAGAUGGGUGUUCAGGGAUGCUUGUUUAA